GAGCUCCCUCCCAUUCCAGAUUCCUCAAUUGAAAAUCAUUUCUUUCCUCCCUUCCCCACCCCACCCCCAAACCCCAGCCCCGCCGCGGACUCGCAUCCGGCAUUCCGCCGCGCGCCGGGGAGCGGGAGAGCAGGCGGCGGCGAUGCUGAGGACCAAGACCCCGGGCCCGCGCGGCGGGAGCAAGUCCCGCCGCCGAUUCACGCCCCCCGCGACCAAGGCGCAGGCGCAGAUGGCGGCGGCGGCGGCGGCCGCCGGCAGCUCGCCGUCAGGGGAGCUCUCGCAGAAGCUCGAGCACGUCACCCUCUUCCCCAUCUUCGCCGACCUCCCCCACGCCUCGCCCAAGCCCUUCGGGGAGCUCCUCGAGGUGGAGCCCCGCCCGGCCCCGCCUCCCGCCCCCGCUCCGCCGCAGCAGGCCGCGCCGGCGGACGCGGACGUGCUCAUGGAGGACAGGGACGCCUGCAUCCUCAGCCAGGAUUUCUUCUGUACCCCGGAUUACCUCACGCCCGAUGCGCCGCCGCAGAUGGCGAGCAGCUUCGACGACGAUAAGGAGAACAUCCUCUGCCCCCAAUCCCCAGAGAAGUCAGUGGCCCGGAGCAAGAGGUACAAGAGAGAUUCUUCUCCCAAAGGCCGACCCAUGGACCUUUUGGAGGCGGACAGCCAGGAGAUUACUCCGGUCCGGUUUUCUCUAAGUCAAGAUGACCCAGAGGAAGAAAAGAUGGCGCAACCUGGUUCGCAAAAGAGAGGUAGCUAUGUCCCUCAUUCAGCAAGAGUUCUGCGCUCGCAGGUGACGCCUCCACCGUGCAUCAAGAACCCAUAUAAUAUGGACCCUCGGAUAGAUGAUAAUGUUUUUUCCGUGAGGAAAUGCAAAUCAUCAGGGUCUUCUCCCUCUAUUGGCGCUGAUGGUCUUUCACGUUACCGUACCGAUUUCCAUGAAAUUGAGCAAAUUGGCUGUGGAAACUUCAGUGUUGUGUUUAAAGUUCUGAGGAGGAUAGAGGGCUGCUUGUACGCAGUAAAGCGGAGCAUCAAGCAGUUGCAUAAUGACAUGGACAGGAGGCAAGCAUUGAAGGAAGUUCAUACUUUGGUCGCCUUAGGUAACCAUGAGAACAUAGUUGGAUAUUUCACCUCUUGGUUCGAGACCGGAAAACUUUAUAUCCAGAUGGAACUGUGUGACUGCUCACUAUCUGUGAAUGGGGACAAGCCGUUGGAGUUUGGGGAUGCCCUGGAACUGUUGUAUCAGAUCUGCAAAGGUUUGGACUUCAUUCACGGGCGUGGGGUAGCACACCUUGACGUGAAACCAGAUAACAUAUAUGUCAGGAAUGGUAUUUAUAAGCUUGGAGAUUUCGGUUGUGCUACACUUAUUGAUCGAAGUUUGGCAAUUGAAGAAGGAGAUUCUCGUUAUAUGCCUCCGGAAAUGUUGAAUGAAAAGCAUGAGCAUCUUGACAAGGUAGACAUCUUUUCUCUCGGGGCAGCUGUCUAUGAGCUUAUAAGAGGCACUCCGCUUCCUGUUUCUGGACACCAGUUUGCAAGUCUCAGAGAGGGCAAAAUUUCAUUGCUACCAGGACACCCAAUGCAGUUCCAGAGUUUAAUCAAGUCGAUGAUGGACCCUGAUCCCGUGAGGCGGCCGUCUGCAAAAGAGAUCCUGGGACACCCCAUCUUCGAGAAGCUUCGUAAUGCGUCGGCAAAGAAGUAGGGUCAUAUCCUGAAGUAGGAGAGCGGGCAAGCAGCCAAGCGAGGGAGCACGACAUCAGCUGCUGUCAAAUUUUGUCUGUCUGAAAGAAGGCUCUCCGAAAACGCGGCACGGAUCAGUUUUUUGCCCUGAUCUGUUGUUUCUGUAUAGCUACUGAUUGAGGGUUGUCAAGCUGUGAAAGCCAUUUCUGCGCUGGGAAGUCGACCAAUGUUUUGAAGUUAUGGGCUUAUGGCCCCGGUGGUGGUUGGUUUUCCUGGUUUGCUGGUGUGUUAGUGGUGCUGUGGGCAGUCUGCUUGACUGCCGUCCGGUGUUGUGAUCGUCGUGUGGGAAGAACUAAAGGAAGGAUUAUGAUGUCCUUUUUUUCAGUUGGACUUGUGGUAUGCUCCCAGCGUAAAUAAACGAGGAUUUCACCCA